AGCACAACACAACACAACAUAGCAAGAAUGGUUCUUAAAAGACAUCCAGAUUUCGAGAUUAUUAAAUUCGUCUUAAAGGUCGAAGGUCAGGACCCAGUUGAUGUGCCGGUAAAAGAUGUUGAUAGCAUUCACAUUAAGAUCCCAGGUGGUAAGAAGUAUAUUAUGGAAAUGCAUUUCGUGAUUAUGAAUAGAAAACUUGAGAACUUUAGAUAUAUCCAAGUGGUUAAGAAGGCUGGAAUUACUGUUAGAACUAGAGAAGUUGAAAUUGGUAGUUAUGAACCAGGAGAUGAAGUGUAUGUUAAGAAGUUCCCAGAAGAUGAUAGUCCAGGUGGGUUCUUCCUGAGAGGUCACUACGGUGCCAACUCCACCUAUUAUGCUGGUGACGAAAUGUUAGUUUCCAACGACUGGACUCUUGAAAUUGUUAAAUAGGCGUUUUAUAUAGAUGUGAUACCCGUUUUCUAUGUCUUUUCUUGAAUAUAAAGUUUUUAUG